CUUGUUGGUGAAACCGAAGCUAAUGCACAUUCGUUCUCUCUGCGUAAUUGUACCUGAAUAUUAAAACGUAAAAAAAUACAAAACCAAAAAAUGUUUUACAUGCUGUUGGAACGUAUAAUACAAACUGUUUGUAAGAUUUUAAAUAUUUGUUAUUAGUUACAAGAGUUCUUUUAAGUACAUUGAUAUUCGCCUUGACUCUGAAAUUUAAAAUGGCUUCAAUCUUACCUGCGGGAAUUACAAAUGGGGUCAAAGGCCUCGACGCGAACCGCUAUGCGACGAAGAAGACGGUCGCUCAGGGCAUGCUGGACAUCGCCCUGCUGACGUCAAACGCGUCACAGCUCAAGUAUGUACUGCAAGUCGGGCAGAAACACGAGUUUUAUACUCUACUGGUGAUACUCAUCAGCGUGUCAAUAGUCCUACAGGCAGUUUCCGCGGUAGUCGCUGUUGUGCUGAGCCUAAUUUUCAAUAUAAAUCAUGUUCGAGAUCAACAAAAAGCAGAAAUAUUGAAUAAUACCAGUCUGAUAUUUAAAAUAAUAAGCAUCACAUUAAACAUUAUUAUAAGCGUUUUCUACUCAAUGCAUGUUGAAGAUAAUUCAACAAAUUUAAAAGCUUAAUUUUUAAUAAAAACUGUAAGAGUUUGACUAAAUUAUUUACCUAUUAGGUAGCUUUAUUAUUAUGAAAGGAAUAGUCCAAUUUUACUCAUAUUGUGUACUCGUGCAUGAAAUGUUAUGUAUGCCAUGUUUAAUAAACGUUUUUUAACUUUUAUGUGUUUUCGUCUUAGAGGAAUUACUUCCAGGAGUUAUUACUUACAAGUAAUUCCUCUAAGGUUGGUAAUGCUGAAUAAUCCUU